ACGUCAACAUAGAAAUGGCAGCCUCCUGUUUUGUAAUUUAACACAAGGUCCAAGCUGGUAGAGGAUCGGUUCUUUUCCUGACCCAUCAGUCUUAUUUCCGAGGAGAAACCACCGGACGCCGGCAUGUCUCCAAAGAUCACGGGAGAGCUGCUCAGGCAGCUUCGCCAGGUCAUGAAGAACUGUAAAUACAUCUCUGAGCCAAUACAGGCCUACAUUGUCCCCUCUGGAGAUGCACAUCAGAGUGAAUACAUAGCACCAUGUGACUGUAGACGUGAAUUCAUCUCCGGGUUCAAUGGCUCUGCAGGUACAGCCAUCGUCACAGAGCAACAUGCUGCAAUGUGGACUGAUGGACGAUACUUCCUCCAGGCCACUCAGCAGAUGGACAACAACUGGACCCUCAUGAAGAUGGGACUGAAGGAGACUCCCUCUCAGGAGGACUGGCUGAUCAGCAUCCUGCCAGAGAACUCCAAAGUGGGAGUGGAUCCUUGGAUCAUUGCUGCUGAUCAGUGGAAGAACAUGUCCAAGGCUCUGACCAGCGCCGGCCACUCUCUGGUGGCGGUGCAGGAUAACCUGAUCGAUGUGGUCUGGACAGACCGCCCAGAAAGACCCAGCACACAGCUCCGGACCCUGGGAUUAGAUUACACCGGUAUGUCCUGGCAAGACAAGAUCACAACGCUACGAGCCAAGAUGACGGAGAGGAAAGUCACCUGGUUUGUUGCCACAGCGCUGGACGAGAUCGCAUGGCUCUUUAACCUCCGAGGUGCGGACAUCGAGUACAACCCAGUGUUCUUCGCGUAUGCCAUUGUGGGGUUGAACACAAUAAGGCUUUUCGUGGACCUAAAGCGUCUCUCCGAACCUAAACUGAGAGACCACCUACAGCUGGACUCCCCCAGCAAACCGGAGCUUAGCAUCCACACGUUCCCGUACGAGGCGGUCUACACCGAGCUCCAGGCCAUCUGUGCCGCGCAAGGCCCCAAAGACAAAGUGUGGAUCUGCGACAAGGCCAGCUGUGCCCUCACACAGGUCAUCCCAAAGGCCAACAGGACGCAGAUUCCCUACACUCCUCUCUGCCUUGCCAAGGCCGUAAAGAACGCCACUGAGAUUCAAGGCAUGAAAAUGGCCCACAUCAAGGAUGCAGUGGCUCUCUGUGAGCUCUUUGCUUGGUUGGAAAAGGAGAUUCCAAAGGGCAAUGUGACAGAGAUCUCCGCUGCAGAUAAGGCCGAAGAGUUACGCAGUCAACAGAAAGAGUUUGUCGGCCUAAGUUUCCCCACAAUUUCCAGCGUUGGUCCAAACGGAGCGAUCAUACAUUACAGGCCGCUGCCUGAAACCAACAGAACCCUCUCUUUGAAUGAAGUGUACCUGAUUGACUCUGGAGCUCAGUACAUUGAUGGAACCACUGACGUCACACGCACCGUGCACUUUGGGACUCCCUCUGCUUUUGAGAAGGAAUGCUUUACCUACGUGCUGAAAGGACACAUAGCUGUCAGUGCAGCUGUUUUCCCAAACGGAACUAAAGGACACCUGCUGGAUUCGUUUGCCCGUGCAGCUCUGUGGGAGACGGGGCUGGAUUACCUUCACGGCACGGGACACGGUGUGGGCUGCUUCCUCAACGUCCACGAGGGGCCGUGUGGAAUCAGCUACAAGACCUUCGCUGAUGAACCUCUGGAGGCCGGCAUGAUCGUCAGUGAUGAGCCAGGAUACUACGAGGAUGGAUCUUUUGGUAUUCGUAUUGAAAACGUGGUCCUUGUUGUUUCAGCAAGACCAAAAUACAACUACAGAAACAGAGGCAGUCUGACAUUUGAUCCUCUCACUCUGGUUCCUAUCCAAGUCAAGAUGAUGAACACAGAGAUGCUCACCCAGAAGGAACGGGACUGGGUGAACGAGUACCACAGGAAGUGCCGGGAGGUGGUUGGAGCGGAGCUGGAGCGGCAGGGCAGGAAGGACGCGCUGCAGUGGCUGAUGAGAGAGACGCAGCCCAUCGUCUGAGGACUCCCCCCGUUGUGUGACUGAUCUUGUACUCAUUAUAUCUUUCUCUGUAUCUCACUCUCAGCUUCUUUUGUAAAGCACAUCGUACCAGCAGUUUUAUUAAAGAUCAUUAAAAAAAACAGGAAA